AAUAUAUACUUCGUUCGGUAAACUUCAUCAAUACAGCAUUUUAGAACUAUGGCGUUCAAAUUUGUAGCACUUUGUGCCCUGAUGGCUGUAGCCCAUGCCGCAAUCAUCUCAUCUCCAAGCCUGUCAUACACCGCAUCAGCUCCUCAGGCUAAUUCCGCACCAUUGACCAAGACUUUUGCGUCCGCUGCACUCCAAAAGAAGAUUAUCACCGAUGAGUAUGACUCCAACGCACAGUACGAGUUCUCGUAUCAGGUAUCCGACUUGAAGACCGGUGAUCAAAAAUUCCAACAGGAAUCUCGUAACGGAGACAUCGUCAAAGGAGUUUACUGGCUGGUCGAACCGGAUGGCACCAAACGCACGGUUGAGUACACCGCCGAUUCGAUUCAGGGAUUCAACGCUAUUGUAAAUCGAGAGCCUUUGAAGACUGUUGUCGCUCAGCCAGCUUUUGCCUCAUACUCUGCUCCUUUAAGUAAGACCAUCCUUUCCCAACCAGCUUUACUCAGCAAAUCUACUACCGGUUCAUAUGCUUACUCCAACUAAUACGACUGUGAACAGUACUGAUGCCCAAUAGUUAA